AUGAUCUGUGUAUGCCCCGGAGGAAGAAGUGCAAGGACGAUUUUGCAGUCCAGAUGCAAGUUCUGCUGCAAUGCAGGUCUGGAACAGUAUUGUGCCUGGGAUGGAAGCCAGGGCUGGAUACCGUUGGGCUGUGUCCCUUCGCAACACUCUGUUCCUAAGGGAGCUGCUCCUGUCACUCAGACUUCACUGGCAAACCAGAGCCUACAAAGCCACCCUCCAGUCAAUCUGCAAGGACAUUUCCAAUCCGCCAAGGUGCAAUCUGCACACCGGCGGAGGGAGGCUCUUGUGGCUCCGUGUGCUGCCCUGUCACCCACUACUGGAAGCUGUGAAGAGAACCGGGAGAGCUCACAAUCUGCGCCAUGUUGUAAUAAUAUUGGUUGGCAUAUUCUGCUUCUUGAUCGUGAGGCUCUGCUCUCAGGAAAGGAAGAUAAUAUAGAGGCGGGAAGCGAUGCAGUGACCUAUGAGGAUGUCCUAGUGAACUUUAGUGAGAAAGAGUGGGCUUUGCUGGAUCCUUCCCAGAAGAAUCUCUACAGAGAUGUGAUGCUAGAAACCUGUGAGAACCUCACUGCUAUAGGUAUAUCAUCUGUCACUCUGGAUACAAGCCAUGUGAGCAAAAGAGAUAUGGAAAGAAGCAAUGUGGGAAAACCUUUGCGUGUCCCAGUUACCUUCAAAUACGUGGAAGAAGACAUACUGGAAAGAAGCCCUAUGAGUGCAAUCAAUGUGGUAAAGCCUUUGCAAGUACUGGUGAUCUUCAUAGGCAUAAAAGAAGUCAUACUGGGGAGAAACCCUAUGUGUGUAAUCAAUGUGGUAAAGCCUUUUCAGAGUCCAGUAAUUUUAAACAUCAUUAAAGAAAUCAUACUGGAGAGAAACCCUAUGUAUGUAACCAAUGUGGUAAGUCCUUUUCAUCUGGCAGUUAUCUUCAGAUGCACAAAAGAAGUCAUACUGGAGAGAAACCAUACGACUGUAAUCAAUGUGGCAAAGCAUUUACACAUAAAUAUCACCUUCACAGUCAUGAAAGAAGUCAUACUGGAGAGAAACCUUAUGAAUGUAAUCAGUGUGGGAAAGCUUUUGCUCAUAGUAGUCAUCUUCAAAAUCAUGAAAGAAUACAUACUAGAGAAAAAUUCAAUGAGUGUAGUAAAUGAAGUAAAGUUUGAAUCGCAGAUGAAGACACCAUCCUUUUGGAGAUGCUAG